GUCAUACCACAGCGCCAAGACUAUGGCUCUGAUCCAUAUGCAGCAGUGCACAAACCAAAGAAAAGGAUGGAUCAGCAUAUUGGCGUCGCCGUCUAGAUGGAGGUAGCGCCAGGCGUCACGGACUCUGGCGCCUGCGCGGGCGUUGUCGGUAAAGUUCGCAGUGCCAUUUCUGUGACGGAACCUCCGUGUUACAAAGACAGUGGGCAUAGUUACAGAGAAACAGUAAGUGAAGACGACUUUGUAGGUUGCCAUAAUGGCAAUGACUUUGAUAGUGAAAGUGAGUGGACCGAAGAUGUUGAGGAAGAUAACUCUGAUUGUCGAGACAACGCCCACUCCCAGUGCCAAGAACAAGUGAACAAAACAUGUCAUGUUAAAGAUGGCGGUGAUAAAACAUGGCGAUUGUAUAACCCAUUUAAUUUGUGGCGGGAGAAAUCAUACAACACCCCCGCCAAAACUGAAAAUGAUGGCGAUGUUAUUGAUUAUAAAUGUAGCAGUAGAGAAAAUGUUUUAGACAUAGUGUUUUCUGGUAAUAAUAAUUAUACCAACAUCGAAUCUGCCUUUUCUAAGUGUUGUGUGUUAGAUGAAAGUAAUUCUUCAAGUUUAUCUAAACAAGAGAUUCAACUUUCUGAAUGUAACAUCGAUUUUUCAGAUGUCAAAACUAACAAACACGUCAAAUUAGUUGAAGAAAAUAAGAAGCAUGAGGAACAACAGAUCUCAUCAACGAACAAUUUCGGGUCAUUUGUCUUUGGACCCAUUUCAAAAAUAUUUCAGUUUUCAUAUAGGCGUAUCUAUCCGUGUGCAUUACCUGUAGUUACACCAAGUUGGAAGCCUGAGAAAAUGGGUAAUUUACAGGGUUCCGAAGGUAAGAAUAAAGGAGGAAUAGGGACAGGUAAGAGUCCUGCAAAAGGUAAAAAGGAUAAAAGCGGUAAAAAAUCUCCUGCUAAAGAGCUGCUGAAGCACAAAUCACACGCCCCCGCACCUCCGACAAAGAGCAACAGCGGAACAAGUCAGGUACAACAAAAAGUAGUUCCGCUUCAGGGCAGCGUUCCGACAGCAGGCAGCCAUGCUUCAGACAGGGGAGCCGCUCAGCUAGACCAGUCCUCUCUUGCCGGCGGAGAGACCACGACGUACGUAGUGACAGAUUCGUGGAGGCACGUGAAGAAGUUGGCGAUCAAAACACCGACACCUAACAACACAACGCUUAUCACGCCACCCAGCAGGGACUCCAGCUCCGAGUCCGUGUUUACAGACCCUCUGACCCCACAAGGUUUCGCUGAGGCACACAACAACGCUAGCCUCACAAGCAGCUACUACUCAGACCCAUGCAGCACGGAGCAAACGAACAGACUCGCUGGAAAUUCAGCAUAUUUCCAAACACUUCCGGUCGAUGGUAUCGACGACAGCGUCUUCAUAUCGUUCAACAGUGACGUUGGCAUGGUGGGUAGUGAUGGUGUGAGUGACAAGGACAGGAGGGGUGGCUCUACACCCCCCUCAACCACUGAUCUGGAUGACGUCACACUGACAUUGCUAGACAACAGCGCGGAACAAUUGACUGAUGGUGAAGACUUCGGGGGACCGAGUUUGAUGACCUCGGUACAGAAUAGACCCCAGUCACACAGUCUUGACGCACUGGACGAGGAAGACAAUGCAGAGGAGCACGACAAGAAGACCAAAUCACUGGACGCCCUGGAAGUGACUGCCGGCGGGGGUGCUCCACCCCAUACAAGAACGACGCAGCCGCCUUCUUCCUUUACCUUGGUGAGACACCGUAAAGUCGAACUCAACCCCACCCGCCUUAGUGAACACUGCCUUCUGGCCUCAGAGACGCAGCAGCAGGGCGAAGCUCGGGACCUGAGACGCCACUCAUCGGUGAGUGAUGUGCCCCUGGACAGCAAUGUGCUGCGCAAAGUGGCCAGCCUCACCCUGGACAAGGCCACCAUUGAACAGCGCGUGGCCAAGCCAAAGUUUGUGCCCGAGAAACUGGACUUCCAGAUCUACGAGAAGUUUGAAGGCCAGAUGCUCAUCAACUGGUUCGUGUCUGCUUUCCCGGAGGAACACUACCUGCGUCUCCUGUUGACUUCGCAGGAUCUGCGUAUCCUCGCGGUCCAGUUCUGCACACACCUCUUGGCUGCAGGAGUCCUCCGCCAGAUUCCUGACAAGGACGUAACGUUGGAGCCCCUCUUCAGGCCUGAUUUGAUGUAUUACUGGUCCCAUGCAGAGGCUCCAGCUGCUGUCCCAUCCACACCUGGACGGCUGUCAUCCCUUGCCUGGCCACCCACAAGCCCACUUGGUUUCUCUGUGGCUGCAGAAAUGGCCAGUGCAGUUGUAAAUCGACCAGGAGCUCGUUACACAGAAGCAGAGGCUCCUGGGAAAGGUUCUGCUUCCACUCCAGCAACAGAUGCCAGGUCACCAGACAAGGUUGUCAGCAAGCCAAAAGGGGAAGAACCAGAAUUUCAACAAGUGGUGAUGGGUCUGAAGCGAGAGCAUCGGGAGAACAUUGGCAGGUUAUCACGAGACCAGGAAGUUGCUUUGUUCAAUGUGAGGGGUGAACAUGCACAGCGACUCAUUGAGGCUGAUGAGAAGAUUAUACAACUUCAGGAGACUGUGGCUAAGCUACAACAAGAGCUGGAUGGGUACAAAACUCUGUCAGAUAUACAGUCCUUGACAGAGAAGGCAAAUGCUGACUUUGGCUCUCCAGCAACAGAACAGAGAGCGCUGCCCUCCAUAGAGCUCAUGGAGUCAAAGAUGUCAAUAUCAGCCACAGGGCUGGCAAAGUCAGGAUCAACAGAACCACUGUCAGUGUGUGAUAGGUCAACAGAUACCUUAGAUCUGCUUCAAAUUCCCUCUCUGAUCUCAGCUGAAUCAACAAUAAUACAACCAGGUCCCACAAAGGCACAGGAUAUGUCAAUAUUACACACUGUUCCUCAUUCAGAAUUGAAACCAAGUUCAGAACAAUCAGAACCCAUUACACAAACAGUGCACUCAAAAACCAAUAUAAGUGAAGAUACUUCUCCAGUUCCUCAAAUACGCAGUGUGAAAUGUGAGGAACUUGAACCAUCACAAAAGCCUGAAACAGAACCACUGACCACAAGAAGUGAAAUGCGUGGACCAUGCUCACCUCCACCUCCAAUUCUGGAUACAGUUGGGCCAGUACCAGCACCACCUCCCAUGCCUGGAAUGGGUCCUCCACCAUCACCACCACCAAUGCCUGGAAUAGGGCCACCACCCCCACCCAUGUCUGGAAUGGGACCACCAGCCCCACCCAUGCCUGGAAUGGGGCCACCGCCACCUCCACCACCCAUGCCUGGAAUGGGGCCACCACCACCACCCAUGCCUGGAAUGGGGCCACCACCACCACCCAUGCCUGGAAUGGGGCCACCUCCACCACCCAUGCCUGGAAUGGGGCCACCACCACCACCCAUGCCUGGAAUGGGGCCACCUCCACCACCCAUGCCUGGAAUGGGGCCACCACCACCACCCAUGCCUGGAAUGGGGCCACCACCACCACCCAUGCCUGGAAUGGGGCCACCUCCACCACCCAUGCCUGGAAUGGGGCCACCACCACCACCCAUGCCUGGAAUGGGGCCACCUCCACCACCCAUGCCUGGAAUGGGGCCACCACCACCACCCAUGCCUGGAAUGGGGCCACCACCCCCACCCAUGCCUGGAAUGGGACCACCUCCACCACCCAUGCCUGGAAUGGGACCACCACCCCCACCCAUGCCUGGAAUGGGGCCACCACCACCACCACCACCCAUGCCUGGAAUGGGGCCACCACCACCACCCAUGCCUGGAAUGGGGCCACCACCCCCACCCAUGCCUGGAAUGGGGCCACCACCACCACCCAUGCCUGGAAUGGGGCCACCUCCACCUCCAAUGCCUGGAAUGGGGCCACCACCACCACCACCUCCAAUACCUGGAAUGGGAGGAGCACCAUCAGCAGCCCCUGCAUCAGGUACUGGAUGUCCAUUACCAUUCCCCACGCCACCUGCAGGAGGAUGGAUGGCAAACAGAGCUAUGGCACCUGGAUAUAGCACAGUGUUGAGGAAGCAGCCAGUGAACCCCACAAUUCCGAUGAAACCAUUAUACUGGACCAGGAUUAUUGUGCCUCCAUCAGGACAGCCAGCUCCUGUAGCCAGCAGUUCAACUCCAAGUGUCCCUGCUGCUGGUACUGAACUGCUGUGGCACAAACUAGAGGAAGCUGAGAUAGAGGAUAUUAAGGAGUUCUCUGACCUAUUUUCACGACAAGUGGUGGAGCGCAAGCCAACAAAAAAAAAAGAAGAUAAACCCUCCAAAGUGCAGGCCAUGAAGAUUCUAGACAGUAAGCGGUCUCAAAAUGUGGGCAUCCUUGCUUCCAGCCUUCAUGUGGACUUCUCAGAGAUUGAAAAUGCAAUUUAUAACUUUGAUACCUCAGUGGUGAAUCUUGAGGCACUGCAACAAAUUUAUGAAGUAAGGGCUACAGAGGAGGAGUUGGCUCUGAUACGUGAACACGUGUCCACCAAACCAGAAGUGCCAUUAGACAAACCAGAACAAUUCUUACAUGAGCUUGCAGAGAUUCCUAACUUUGCAGAUCGCAUAUCUUGCUUCAUGUUCCAGUCUGAGUUUGAUGAUGGGAUCUCUUCCAUUGAGAGCAAACUCAACAAUCUUAAAUCUACCUGUCAGUUUCUGACAACAUCAGAGAGCUUGAAGACUGUCCUGGCCAUUAUUCUAGCCUUAGGAAACUACAUGAAUGGUGGAAACAGGACCAGGGGGCAGGCUGAUGGAUUUGGCCUAGAGAUUCUUGCCAAGUUGCGAGAUGUGAAAAGCAAGGACAGUAGUGUGACUUUGCUGCAUUUCAUUGUCCGUGCAUACAUGAAGAAGUGUGAAGAUCCUCUUAGACCUGGAUUGGCCUUACCCAUUCCAGAGCCAGGAGACAUCGAUCGAGCCAUGACAGUUCACUUUGACGAUGUUAAUGCGGACCUUCAGAAACUUCAGAGAGAACUUUUUGUCUGUGAAACUAAAACAGAAAAAGUUAUAGCUGCUUCAACAGAAGAGAAUGUUCAGCCAUUUAAGGACAAGAUGAACAAAUUUUUAACCUCAGCAAAGAAGCAAUUGACUGGAGAAAUUGAAAACCUUGAAGAGUGUAAAAUGAAAUUUAAAACAACAAUGCAGUUCUAUCAAUAUCAUCCAAAGGGUGGUGUAAAUGAAGAUGAAGUUGAUCCAAAGGAUUUCUUUGCCUUAUGGUCUCCAUUCUGUUCUGAUUUUAAGGACAUAUGGAAGAAAGAACAACAAAGACUGAUUAAAGAAAAAACACAAGAGGCCAAGAGAAUACAAGAGAAGAAACUGGAUAUUCAGAAGUCAAAGAGAGAGGAAGGUGGUCUUAAAUCCAAGGUGCUGAGACGGAGCUUGAUGAAAGAGGCUCAAUGAAACUUAAUUAUGCUUACAUUUUGUUGCUUCAUAAUAACAGCAGGUUUGGUUCAUGGUGUCCCACACGUUUGUCUUAUUUCCUGGUGAAUCCUCAUAAAUGUCCCUUUUCUCCAAACUUUAUUCAAAUUACUGAUGUUUUGCAAGAGUGCUAUUACUUGUUACCUCAUUGUAUGAUUCCUGAGAACCUUCAACAAAAAAACACUUCAAUUCUGAAGAGCCUUAAUAACAAGCAUUAAUAUUAACGCUUAUCUUAGCUAUCACCAUAGUGUUCUGUAGGUUCAGUAUGUACACUGCUUCAAAUGAUUAAUGGGGUACCUUAAGGUCCUUCGCCUUCUGAUCUCUCUGGCAUCCAUGCACCUGGCAAAGAUGGCAGUCUCUUUCUGAGGUAAGAGAGGACAACAGGGUAGGAUUCCAGUCACUCCCAGUGACAGAGUAAUGGCAGUGAUGAUGACCAGCAGAGGAGACCUGCAGCUUGAUAUGGACCCUGAACAAUAGGAAUGAGGCUGCCUGGUUUUUUCCAUAUUUACAAAGUUGUGUCAUGCUUGCUGAAGUUCAAUAAAUUCCAAGUAUUACAAAGCAUUGAAACCUGCUUAAAAAAAACAACAAAGCUAGUUAGAGGAAUAUGUUUCGUUCAACUCACUGUGUUUUACUUUGAAGAACACAUUAUUCUUUAUGCACAUUAUCAUUAAUUGCUAUUGUUAAGAUUAAAGUAAAAUUCUAUAUGAGAGCAAACUUAGGGUACAAGUAACACAAAAUGCCAGUAAUUUAUGUCAAGUUUGGUGAAAUAAUAUUUUCGCUGUUUUGAAAAGAAAAUAUAUGGAGGAUUCUUUGUUAAAGAAGAGCAAAUGUGCACCUGCUGCUGUUGAUAAAGUAAUAAGUAAUGAUGCUGUCAUUAAUUGUGUGCUAUGUGUAUAUAUAUAAAAUUGUAUAUAUAUAAAUUGUGUAUAUAA